GGCAACCUGCAGCGCCCGCGGCUCCGCCCCCUGCCGGCGGCGGCGCGGCGCGGGGCGGGCGGACCCGCGGGCGAGCGGGCGGCGCGAGAGUGCGGGCGGAGGGAGGCAGCCGGGCCGACGGGAGCGUGUGCACCGCCCGCGGUCCGGUCACGUCCCCGCGCGGGUGCGGCCGCCCGCGUCGUGCAGAAUAAGGACGCCGCGGCCCGAGCUCGCCGCCCCGCCCUGCCCCGCCCUGAGCAGCUCGGCAGAUGCACCGCGCCGCGGCCCGGAGGUGAAGGGUGGAUGCCCGAGGCAGGGGCACCAGUGGCUGGCCCUCCAGCUGCGCUCAGCACCAUUGCCUCAGCAGCCAACAGCCAGAGGGCAGCAGCCUAGGCACACACAAGUGGACAGCUCUCCACUGUCCAGGAGGACAGGGAAUGAAUGACUUGGGCCUCCCAGGCCCCCAGGCAACCCUAGAGGUGGCGCAACACUAGAGGGAGGGCCAGAUACCUCCCGCAGCAGCAGUGUGCCAUGCCAGCUGUAGACCAGGCCCUGGGGCAGGGGCUGCAGUGGAGUUUGGCCUCUACCCCCCACUGACACUGAGCGCUCCCAGGGCCACUGGGGUUCCCGUGUGCCAGGAGCCCCCUAGAGGCCCAGCAUCUCCAUCCUGCGCUCUGCAUCUGGGCCGUCGCCGCCAGACGGACCAUGGGAUGUCGGCAAAGCUCCGAGGAGAAAGAGGCAGCACGGCGGUCCCGGAGAAUCGACCGCCACUUGCGCUCUGAGAGCCAGCGGCAGCGCCGGGAGAUCAAGCUGCUGCUCCUGGGCACCAGUAACUCGGGCAAGAGCACAAUCGUGAAGCAGAUGAAGAUCAUCCACAGUGGCGGCUUCAAUCUGGAGGCCUGCAAGGAGUACCGGCCCCUCAUCAUCUACAAUGCCAUCGACUCACUGACCCGCAUCAUCCGCGCCCUGGCCGCCCUCAAGAUUGACUUCCACAACCCCGACCGCGCCUAUGAUGCCGUGCAGCUCUUUGCACUGACGGGGCCGGCCGAGAGCAAAGGCGAGAUCACCCCUGAGCUGCUGGGCGUCAUGCGGCGGCUGUGGGCUGAUCCCGGGGCACAGGCCUGCUUCGGCCGCUCCAGCGAGUACCACCUAGAGGACAAUGCCGCCUACUACCUGAACGACCUGGAGCGCAUUGCCGCGCCCGACUACAUCCCCACCGUGGAGGACAUCCUGCGCUCCCGGGACAUGACCACGGGCAUCGUGGAGAACAAGUUCACCUUCAAGGAGCUCACGUUCAAGAUGGUGGAUGUGGGCGGGCAGAGGUCCGAGCGCAAAAAGUGGAUCCACUGCUUCGAGGGCGUCACUGCCAUCAUCUUCUGUGUGGAGCUCAGUGGCUACGACUUGAAGCUCUAUGAGGACAACCAGACGAGCCGAAUGGCGGAGAGCCUGCGCCUCUUUGACUCCAUCUGCAACAACAACUGGUUCAUCAACACCUCACUCAUCCUCUUCCUGAACAAGAAGGACCUGCUGGCGGAGAAGAUCCGGCGCAUCCCGCUCACCGUCUGCUUCCCGGAGUACAAGGGCCAGAACACCUACGAGGAGGCCGCCGUCUACAUCCAGCGGCAGUUUGAGGACCUGAACCGAAACAAGGAGACCAAGGAGAUCUACUCCCACUUCACCUGUGCCACCGACACCAGUAACAUCCAGUUUGUCUUUGAUGCCGUGACAGACGUCAUCAUACAGAACAAUCUCAAGUACAUAGGCCUUUGCUGAGGAGCCGGCCGUCCUGUUGUUGGCCUACGGUGAAACCCACGGGGUGCCACACCCCCACUCGUGCUAGGGAGAUGCAGCCCAGGGGCCGAAGAUGGGGGGCCCUGAAGAAUGCCCCCCACCCCUCACCUCCUUGGCCCCCACAUUUCCGCAGAUAUAAGUAUAUAUGGAUAGGUUGCUAGGUAGGUACACACACAGACACCCACACACACACACACACACACACACACACACACUCACAUGCACAUGUCCAGAGAUGGCACAGUUCCCCAAAUCAUUGAGGUCUCUUGAAGACUUACGGGGAGCGGGGGCUGUCACCAAGUUCACCAUAAGCCCUUCACUUUGCCUUCCUGAGUUGGCCCCACUAUGCACCAGGGUCUCUGUAGACAACAGGAGUCUCCUGGAGGAGCUAGCCACUGGACAGGAGGGAGGGCCAGACCCGGGUCCGAGUGCCUGCUCCACAGGUUGUGCCCCCUGCUGGCCUGCUCUGAACUAUGUCCUGGGACCAGGGUGUGAAGCCAGGCAAUAGCACUAACCAGACCUCCGGCCACUCACAGCUCUUUUUAAAGCAGCUUCAAAAUAUGCAGCAAAAAUCCACACAGUAAUGCGAGUGGCGCAACAUGUUUCCAACUAGGCCAGCUGGGUUCCAGCAUUUCUUCUACUAGUCGGACAUUUUAUAAAUCAAAACCUGUUUUUUUUUUCUUCUUCAACAUCUUUUUUCUUUUUUUUUUCUUGGCCAAAUCUUGUGGUGUUUUGCGAGGGAAAACAAUUUCCAACGCAGUUGACUAUUCUUUUUUAAAAUGCAGAUUUUUCCAGACCUGUUUUUUUUUUUUUUUCCAGGUGGUUCUUUUUCGUGUCUGGCUUGCUGAGUGUUGAAGUUGUUACCUGGACGAGUGUGUCCCUCUGCUCCCGGCAGUGCCACCUAGUGGCCCCAAGGGGGCAGUGUUGUACAUAAGCCUGUGCAGCGUCCUCUUGUUCCUGGUGCGGUUUCUGCUUCGUUUUUAUUUCAGAAAAUAAAUAAGUAAAUAAAUGUGAUGUAUUUAAAGAGGUUCUUCACCUAAGAGCGAAUGAACAAUAGUUAAAUGUCUUGGUAUUUAAGGAGCAAGAUGACUGUGGCUUUGCCAGGAUGGGCAGGGGAGGCGAGAGACCGGCCUUUGCCUGAGAGUGUGGCUAAGGUUCCUGUGAAGGCUCAGCCAGCUUUGUAGCCUGAGGGAAGCCCUGCCAGGACCCCACGGCUGGCUCUUCCUGCCCCAGGCCCGUGGCACCUGCCCCAAAGGACUUUGGCUGAGGGCCUCAUGGAAAUAGCUGUUGCCAAGAGGAAAGGCACUGCCAAAGCCCCUGCCAAAUCUUCUCUCCCAGCCUGUGUUCAGUCCCGACACGUCCAAGGUCAGUGUGCAGAGUCACAGCCAUGGACAGUAAGAGAUGGUCGGAGGGAAAGAGGAACUGGCGACAGUAUGAACGUCAAAGAUUGUCUACUUUAAGAAAAUAAAAUACCCUGAAUGAGCCGAA